GCACCCUGCGCCCUGCCUGGCCCGUAUCUGCCUUCCUGGCCUCAACGCGCCGCGACCCGACGCCCGGCCCGUCGCCUCGCUCUCCCUAGCAGGACCGCAGAGAGCAACCCCGGGGUCCGGGCCAGGCCGACACGCCCCCGGAAAGGAGUCGGUGUGACCCUGACGAGAAGCAGAGAUGGGGAAAAAACUGGAUCUUUCCACGCUCACGGAUGAAGAGGCCAAGCACGUCUGGGAAGUAGUUCAACGGGACUUUGACCUUCGAAGGAAAGAAGAGGAGAGACUAGAGGGUCUGAAAGGCAAGAUUAAGCAGGAAAACUCCAAGAGGGAGCUGCUUCCGGACACGGCCCACCUGAGCAACACCCACUGCGCCCACUGCCUGCUGCCCUACCGGCUCCUCGAGACGCCCAAGAGGCAAUGCCUGGACUGCGGCCUCUUCACCUGCAAAGGCUGCGGCCACACCCCGGAGGAGCAGGGCUGGCUCUGCGACCCCUGCCACCUGGCCAGGCAGGUGAAGAGGGGUUCCCUGGAGUGGUACUACGGGCAUGUGAGAGCCCGCUUCAAGCGCUUCGGGGGUGCCCAGGUAGUCCGGUCCCUCUGCGGGCGGCUGCAGGGAGCAGGUUUACCUGACCGAGUGCAGAGCUCACCUGACGUCAACAGUGGGCCUGAGCCAGGCCCCGGGGGGAGAAGUGGAGACAGUGAGAAGAUGGAUGAAGACAGAGAACAGGACACAGUGGCCCAGGCCCAGCCCGCUGGAAGCAAAUCAGUCUGGCCCUCCCUCCCUCUCCUCUUUCCCGCAUCCCUUCCUGCUCGGAAGAAGCGCGUCCUCCCCGUUCACGGCCUGGACUUCGAGGCAGACUCUGACGACUCCACUCCGUCCUGCGGGCCCCCCGCAAGCCUGUCCUUGGUCUCAGGGGCCGCGGACAACCUGCAGGCCCUCACAGAUGAGCCCUGCACAGAGGAGACCACCUCCCAGGAGCCUGUGGUCCUGGACGAGGCUGAUGCCAGGGCCUCUGGGUGCCACUCCUGUCCAGAAGGGCAGAUGGCCAGCCUCUCGCCUGCCGGACCAGACGCCCUCGCUGAGCUCUGCCUGCCGGGAGAGUCUUGCACGACGGCCCCGGGGACCACUGCGACACCUGGAACAAAUGUCCUCGGGAAUGAGCAGCUCCCAUCCCACUAUCUGGCCGACGUGGACACCUCGGAUGAAGAAAGCAUCUGGGCUCAGAGGGUGGCAUCUCACCAUCCCAGACGAAGAGGCCAGACCUUGUCUGAGAACCAGUGUCCCGCUGGCAGCAAGCCCACAGACGCCGACGUGGAAGAGGUGGCCCUAAGGAGAAGACUGGAGGACUUGAUCAGCCACGUCAGUGACCAGCGGGCCUCAUCCGAGGAGGAGGGCGAGGGUGACGGGGCGGAGCCGGGCGGCAGCACCCCCGUCGAGCACCUCCCCGGGGCCGCCCAGGAGGUGUGCACGGCUGCAGGCCAAACGCCCAGCCGGGAGAAGGGGCCCCGGGCCCCCCAGGACCCCGUGCAGCCCAGCAGGACCACAGACAAGGAGCUGUCGCAGCUGGAGGACAGAGUGGCCGCCACGGCCUCUGAGGUGCAGCGGACAGAGAGCGAGGUUUCAGAUAUCGAGUCCAGGAUUGCAGCCUUGCAGGCUGCAGGGCUCACUGUGAGGACCUCGGCAAAGCCCCGGAGGAAAUCCAACCUCCCGGUAUUUCUUCCCCGGCUUGUUGGGAAGUUUGGCCAGAGUCCUAAGGAUCCGAAUGCAGACCCUUCGGAUGAGGUCAAGGUUGUGGCUGCACCCUAUCUUGUGAGGGGAAAGCUCGGUAAUUACCCCAAAAGUCAAGACAAAGAUGAUGACUCCUUCGAUCGGAAAUCCGUGUCCCGCGGAUCCCUGACACAGAGAAACCCCAACGGCAGGAAGGGAACCGCCAACCACAGCUUUGCGCCCAUUUGAUGAGGGCCGGUGUCAUUGACCCAUAGCUGGGGAAAGAGAGGCAGAGAGAGACUGAGUAAAAAAAACCCGGCAGGGGGUUGACGGAUGCCUUCUGACCAGCAAGCCCAUGUGUGCAGCUGUGUGCAUCUUUGUGCUCUCCCGUGUGUGUGUGCCUGUGUACGUGCCCGUGUGUGUUUUUAUGUACACACAGUCAUACAACUAAGUGCGUGUCUACCUGUGUGCACACCUGUGUGUUUAUGUGUUCCUCUGCGCUCGCCCGUGUAUCUGUGUGCAUGCCUGCAUGAGUGUGCACGUGCGCUCGCCCGUGUAUCUCUGUGCCCAUGCCUGCAUGAGUGUGCACGUGCUCUCGCCCGUGUAUCUCUGUGCCCACGCCUGCAUGAGUGUGCACGUGCUCUCACCCGUGUAUCUCUGUGCCCACGCCUGCAUGAGUGUGCACGUGCUCUCACCCGUGUAUCUCUGUGCCCACGCCUGCAUGAGUGUGCACGUGCGCUCGCCUGUGUAUCUCUGUGCCCACGCCUGCAUGAGUGUGCACGUGCGCUCGCCCGUGUAUCUCUGUGCCCAUGCCUGCAUGAGUGUGCACGUGCUCUCGCCCGUGUAUCUCUGUGCCCAUGCCUGCAUGAGUGUGCACGUGCUCUCGCCCGUGUAUCUCUGUGCCCAUGCCUGCAUGAGUGUGCACGUGCUCUCGCCCGUGUAUCUGUGUGCAUGC